UAUCCUACGAUUCAUCAUCUGAUCCGUCCUCUCGCACAGAGAAGAAGGCGAAGCGGAAGAGACGGUGACAGCUGCGGUGUCUGUACAGCUCUCAAUAAGUUUGGUGAGUCCCCACCGCUUGCCGGGAGGCCAUUUGCCGUCUAUCAUCCCGGUUCAGAAGCAGCGCCUGUUGCGAUGGCAGCACUUCGAGCAUUUUGGAAUAGCCCGGUGGGCCCUAAAACAACUCAUUUCUGGGGACCAGUUGCCAACUGGGGUUUUGUUACUGCUGGUUUGGUUGAUACCCAGAAGCCACCAGAAAUGAUAUCUGGUAACAUGACUGCAGCUAUGUGUGUUUAUUCGGGACUCUUCAUGAGGUUUGCGUGGAUGGUUCAGCCGCGAAACUACCUUCUUCUAGCUUGCCAUGUCUCUAAUGAAACAGUUCAGCUCUAUCAACUUUCUCGUUGGGCAAAGGCUCAAGGGUAUCUGUCAAACAAAGAGCCUGAAGGACAAAAGUAGCUCGUGGCUUGUGAGUGCUCUGCUGCUGCUGAUGAUGUUUCAUUCAAGGAACAAAUGCCAAUUUCUUCCUAUAUAUAAUGGCAUGCAGUAUUUAUGCAAGUUUUUGUUUCUGAAUUCAUCAUUUGAUACGGUUACGCUUUUAAGCUCAAAUGGUGGCAUUGAACAGGCAAUUUCUUAAAAACAGGCCAUGAAAUCACUAUUUGUUAGAUAAUUUCUCAACUUUUGUAUUCAGAUUUACCUUUUUUAUCAUUUCGACA